AUGACCGAAGCAGUUUCAACCAGAGAGUUGCAGCACUUCGGAGCGCAAAGUGUGUCAAACAGCCUGUGGACCUUGGCAACCAUGCGCUGGCGCGACGUCCCCAUCUUGGAGGCUUUGGGCGCGGCUGCCCUGGGGCGGCUCCCGCAGUUCUCGGUACAGGCGCUGGCGAACACGGCCUGGGCACUGGCACAGCUGGAGAUGGAGAGACAGGAGAUGGGGAUGAUCCAAGGGGAAGCCAUGGCUCGCUUGGGGCAGUUCCAAUCACAAGAGCUUGCUACCAGUGCGUGGGCCCUUGGGAGGUUCCAGGAUCGCUAUUUGAGCAUCAUGAGAGCCAUCCUGGAAGAGGCAGAGCUGCGCGUGUCGAGUUCCCGUGCCCUGGACGCGGCCUCUGCGUCGAUGCUGCUGGAGGCCUUCGCUCCACUUCGCCUCGGCCAGCGCUGGCUCAGCACGUUGCAAGGACGCAUGGAGCCGCAGCUGGUGCCAGGCCUUGGCCCCUUGCUAUGUGCUGCAGAAGAAGAAGGAGACCUGGAGAUGCAGAUACAACUCCUGCGUAGCUUGGCUGAUUGCCACGAAGGCCUCGAAGACGCUGCGCUCUUCGCUGCCAUUUUCCGGCUUCUUCUCUCUGGAAAGACUGCAGAUGCUGAAGCUCUAUGGCAGGCCAUGCCGGGCAAAAGCACCCUACAGCUGGGUAGUUCCACUUGGAAUUUCCAAGCUCUGCAAGACUUGUGCAGUGGA